AUGAAUUACUUAAAAAGGAAUGAACAUGAGUCCCUCUAUACAGAUGAUUAUACGGAUUUUACGAGACUUAGUGAGUUUGAAAUAUUUACAAAAGAUCUGUUAGUAAGUUUAAGGAAGUUAAAUAUAUUAGAAACAAAAAAGAAAUAUGAAGAAAAAUAUGUUUUUAUAAAUAUUGAGGAAAGAAAAAAGCCAUUAACUCCUCUUGUUUUAAUUAUGAAUGUAGAUGAUACAUGUAAUUUUAUAAAAAAAUAUAGUAAAAAAGAAUAUACAAUAAAAUUAAGUUAUACAUAUUAUCCCAAAAGUAAAUGCCAAAACAUUAUACCAUUUAUUGAUGACUCUUAUAAUUAUAAUAAAAAUGUGUCAAUUGUAAAUUUCUUUUAUUGCUUACAUGGUAAUGUAAGUUGUUCUGAUGUAGCCAUUUUCCCUUCCCGAGCUUUCCCCAUUGAAAGAUUUUUUUUUCUAAAUGAAUAUGUAAAGAUUGAAAUAAUAGAAAAGAAUAAUGUAGAUGAUGAGCAAUAUAUGAGUAUAGAGAAUUUUUCAAUCAGUAAUUUGAUAUUAAACAGUUUAGAACAAGCUCUUAGUGAAGUAAAUAUAUAUGUUCCUACUUUUGUUGUAGUGGAUAAAAGUAAUUAUAUAUAUCAAGGUCAUUUUUUUAUUAGUGAUUAUACAUAUUAUAAAUGUAUGAAUCCUUAUGUCCCUAUUCAUAAAAAAGGAAAUGAUAACGUAAUUAUAUAUUGUAAUUCAUCUAGCAAUAACAAAUUUGACGAUAAAGUGUUUAGAAGUUUAUGUAGGAAUGAAAAUGAUAAAAAUUAUAUUUCGAUAUAUAAAGGGGCAGGAUGUGAAGUAAAUUAUCAUUCAUUUAAGUUUUAUAACUAUUUUAAAGGAUUUAGUUUGGAUCAUUUAGUAUCAUUAUUUUGUUUAUUUAUUCAUUUAUCAAAUAUAAGAGGAAAAAAUAUACAUAAUAUUAACGUAUAUUUAAAAUAUAUAUAUUUCAUUAGUCAACCAUAUUAUACAUAUAUAUCAAGAUCUAUAAAUUUAAAAAAUGUAAAAUAUAGAUUAUUAAAAGAUAAUGUUAAAAAAAAACAAAUAAAAAAAAAUAAAAAAAAAAGUAAAAUAUAUUUAUUAAGAGAUCAAUAUAGAAUAAAUAAAUAUGAUAAAAACCGUUAUCCAUAUGUGUAUUUAAAUAAUAUAUAUAAUUAUAUUAAAAAUGAUUAUUAUGGUAAAAAGAUAUCUAUGUGUUAUUUUAAAAGAAAAGUAAAAGGACAAAAUAAGGAGUUAAAUGAUAGUAAGCCUUAUGAAUAUAAAAAAGAUAGUAGACAAAAUUAUUUAUAUAAUGUUAAAAAUAAUAUUUUAUAUAAGCCCAAUUAUUAUGAAGGGAAUUUAAAAAAAGUGAAAAUAUCAAAUAUAUUAUCAGGGGAUACAGAAGUUAAUGAUAUAGGUUGGAUUAGCAAUAUUGACCAUUUUUGUUCUUUAGAUAAUGAAGAUGAAAAUAUUAAUUCUUUCCUUGACACAUCCUUGGAAUUUUAUUCGUCAUCUUUAGAGCCUAACUAUGAUUUAAUAAAUAAUGGAAAUGAUAAAAAAAAAGUUCAUGAAAAACAAAAAGAAAAAUCACAUACCUUUGAUGAUAUUAACAAAUUGUGUAACUUGUUGGUAAUCCAUAAAAAUUUCCCAAGAUAUGAAAAUAAUCCAUAUAUAAGUAUUUCGAUUUUAAAUUUUAUUAGUAACAUGGAAAAUAAAAUUAUGAACAUUUAUGAGGGUGAUGGAAAUGAAAGGACAGAAAUUGGAAAGACUAAAAUAAAUAGUGUUUGGAAAAUAAGAUUUAUUACUACCGAUAAAUUUAAAGGUAAAAAUAGCUAUUUGUUAAAAAAUAUUUUAAGAUUAUAUUAUAAUGAAUUAUUAGGAUUAAAAAGACAAAGAUGUGAACAGACUAACAAUAGUAGUAAUAACAAUAAUAGUGAAAAUAAUAAUAAUAAUGAAAAUAAUGAUAAUGCAAAAAUGAAAAAUAGUGAUUUUUCUUCUAUUCAUAAUUAUGUAGUAAAAUUUAUGUCACUAAAAAAUAUGGAAUGGUUAAAAGAUUGUGAGAUACCUUUUUUUAGUUGCUUUAAUAUUGAUGAUGAGCCAACAAGAUAUUAUCUAGAUAAAAUUAUUAACAAUAUGUUUAGUAAUAAUAAAAAAGAAAUAUAUCAAUGGAAUAACACUUCAUGUAAAUACAGUAAAAAUAAUUACUACAAUGAUAGUAGUAGUGAAUAUUAUAAUGAUAGUGGAAAUGGUAGUCAAAACAAUAGUAGUAAUAAUGAAGAUGAAAAAAAAAAUAAUGUAAAAUCGGUGAAACGAUAUAGACUUUUAUAUACAAGCAUGAAUGAUAUAAAUAAUUCUUUUCUUGGAAAAAAAAUUCAAAAUGGAAUUGCUCUUACAAAGGAUGUUAUAUCAAAUGGGACUGGUGUAGGAAAUAAUUCGAAUGUAGUACCAGCUGAUAUGAAUGGCAAUAAAAAUAAUAAAGAAAAAAAUAAUAAUUGUGAGCAAAAUGGUGAAAUAGAAACAGGUAAAAUGUGUAACGAAAAGAAAACUGAAUCUAAUGUUUGUCUAAAUAAAUUUGGAGAAAUAUAUUAUGUGUUAGGAAAAAAUGAUAUAUUUAUAAAACGAUCAAAUUAUUGGUAUAAUAAAAAAAUAAAAAAUCAGAUAAGAUAUAUAAAUUUAAAAAAGAUGAAUGAAAAAAAAAAGAAAAAAAGAUUAGAAAAUGCAAAAAUUCAAAAACUUAUUAAAGAUUUUUUAUUAAUUAAAGAUAAGUAUUUUUUAUGUCACCAUGAAGAAAAAAUAUCAAUUUUAUUUUUUUAUUUAAUUAGUCAUUCAAGUAAUAUAAAAACUUUUUAUUACAUUUGGAAUCAAUUUUUUGAUAAUAUAAGAAAUAAAUAUGAAAAUAAUGAAUAUAUAUAUAAUGAUUAUUUAUAUUUAUCAUAUGGGCCUUUAAAUAUUUAUUCCUAUUCUUGUUCAAUAUUAUCUCAAUGUAUAAAAGCUUUAAACAUAUCAAUACAACAGUGUAAAAUUAAUGAAAUGAGAGAAAAACUUAUCAAAAAAAAAGAAUUAAAAGUUUGUCCUAUUAGUAACCAUAUUGAUAUACAAAAAGAAAAUCAAUAUCAAACUCAAAAUGAAAAAAAAAAUGAAAUAGAUUCAGAUGUAUGCUCAAGUUAUUAUGCAAAUGAAGUUAGUAAUAUAACUUCUCAUUUUACUAAGAUGGGUAAUUCAGAAGAAAAUAUAUUUUAUUCCUGUGAAAUGAAAAGUUCAACUGAAAAUGUGACAUCUACAGAAUCGUUGCCAAUUGGAGCUGAUGCAUCUAACAAUUUUCUUCAAACGCAAAUAUCUACUACAUAUGUAAAUAAAAAUGUUAAUAAUAUAUCAUCAUCUAAUGAUGAUAUAAAUUAUAAUAACGAAAGUUUCUUGAGUAUAAAAGAAAGUACAGAAUCACUUACAAAAAUUGUUGAUGGUAUUGAUAUAGGAGAUGAAAAAAAAAAACAAGAUAUAGGAAAUGGUAUGAAUAAGCAAUUUGAAAAUAAUAAUAAUUUUAGAUGUGGAUAUAGUAGAAGCAAGGCAACUAUUUUUAAUGUUAAAAAUGUAAGGAAUAUAAAACAUAUAAAUGAAAUGCAUAAACCAUUAAUGUUAGAAAAUUUUAAUAAAAAUAAUCGAAUAUGUUUUAUGGAGAAUACAAUAAUAUCAAAUUUUUUUCCAUAUCCUUUAAAUAAUAUUGAAUUGUUUAUAACGAAAAAUAAUGCUAUAACAAAAAAAGUAAAUAGUCAAGAUGAUAUGAUAACAUUGAUUUAUGAUAUAUUAAAACAUUGUGAUGAAAAUAUGGAUCUUGUAACUUUUGAAGAUUUCAUAAAAUGGUAUAAAUUAAAUAUAGGAGAAACUAUAUAUUCAUCACAGAAUGUAUUAAAGCAUUGUUAUAAGUCUAUAAAAAAUAGUUAUUUUAUUAAUAUUGAUAUAAAUUAUUUAAAAAAUAUAUAUAAAGAAAUGAAAAUGAAAUAUUAUAAAGAGAAUGAUUAUUUAAAGGUAAUGUUUGAUUAUGUAAAAGAAAAUUAUAAUCAUAUAAAAGAUAUUAAAUGUCCUUUUAAUACAUUUUUUGUUGGAGAAUUAAAUUUAGACAACUUAUUAAAUUUGAGUAUAUUAGACUUAUUAGAAUGUACAUACAAAGCUUUUUUUAUUUCUUAUAUUAAUACUAUUAUGAAUUCAAAAUUUAUUUAUAUUAAAAAAAUUCAGGAUAUACUUACAAAAAUGUUUAAUAUUAUAAAAAGAAUGCAUAAAAAAAAAAAUCCAAACAAAUUUUUAAAACUACUUAUAGAUGAAAAUAAUAAAUCAUUUAUGUUAAACAAAAAAUUGAAUUACUACAGCUUUGAUCAGUCUUCUUUUGUGAGAAGCUAUAAAAAUGUUUCUUCAAAUUACCCGAAUAAAAUUAUCCAGUUCAGCAGUAAUGCUAACAAUAAUAGUAACAGUAACACGUUGAGUUGCCCUAUGGGACAUGGUCUCUCAGGAUCGGAAAUGUCUGAGAGUGCACACAAGUUUGGUGUAAAUGAUUUGGAUGAAAGUAAUAGCCCUGAUAAAUGUGAGAACCUGAACGAGUCAGAAAGAAGUAGCAGUGUAUAUAUGGAUGCAGUUUACAAUGAACAAAACGAAAAUAGUAAAGAUAAUUUUAAUAUUAAUAAAGAAGAAAAUUAUUUUAAAAAUUAUUAUAGUAAACCUGAGAAAAAGAAAAAAAAAAUGUCAUAUAGUGAUACAAACUUUUCAUCAGAUAUUAAAAGGAUUUAUAAAAAAAGAUAUAAAAUAAUGUUUAAUAAAAAAUUAGUUACAUUAUUUGAAAAAUGUGAACAAUUAUUUAAUAAAGCAGUUUGGUUGUUGAAACGGUUUAGUAGUAAACUAAAUGAAAAAACAGUUUUUAAAUUAAUAGAUAUAAUAUUUGAAUCAGAAGAAAAAGAAGUAAUCAUUAAACCUAAAUAUGAAAAAUAUUUCUAUGAUUUUUUAAAAAAGGUAUAUAUAAAUGAAGGUGAUAAAAAUAGUAUUUUAGAAAAAAAUAAUAAUAAUAUAAAUUCUAGAAUCCAUAGGAUAAAUAGAUCAAUUACAUCAAGACGUAUUCAAAGGGGCUUAAAAGGAAGAAUUUCAAAAAAAAAUAUGCACACUAAUGUUAAUACAAAUGGUGAAGGUAAUAAUAAUAAUAACGACAAUAAUGGAGAUAUAAAUAAUAAUAAUUUAAAUCAAAAUGGUGAUGCAUCUUUAAAAAAUAAAAAAAAUGAUGCAUUAUCACCUCAAAUAGAUGAUAAAAAUAACAUGAUUAACAGCGAUAAUUUAUCUCUUUUGUUAUCUGCAAAUAAUAAAGAGCAAAAUAUCGAAUGUGUUAUUGAUUAUGUCAAUUAUAACUUUGAUGAUCAAAAUUACGACAAACCUGCCCGUAUGUAUUCUGCUAUAAGCGAACAUAGUUCAACAGUUUCGUUUAUAAAAAUGUCAUCUAUUUUAUGA